AUGGACGAGCUCGCAGAGUACAAGGAGCAGCUCAAUCAGGUCAACGAGGCGUUGCAGCUCGAUCCGGAUAAUGAAGAGCUCAAGACGCUGCGCGGAGAGCUCAACCAGCUCAUUGAGCUGACGCAGUCCCUCCAUCCUCAGCACGCCGCCUCGUCAUCCAAAGCAUCCUCGUCUUCACCAGUCCCGCCGCCGCAACCACGAUCAACAGAGCGCCAAAUCAACCUCAAGGCCGGAGAUGAGUGCUUGGCCAAAUACGCUGCCGACGGACGAUGGUACCCGGCUCGCAUCACAGCCGUAAGCGGCUCAUCCAAGGACCCUGUCUUCUCGGUCAUCUUCAAGGGCUACAACAACACAGAGAUGCUCCGAUCAGCAGACAUCAAAGCCAAGAGUGGACUCAGCAGCAGCGCAGCCCCAUCAUCCUCGACGUCCUCACCAGCCCCACCCGCAGCCUCCUCCUCUUCUUCCUCCUCUUCUCAGCCACGGGCCAAGCAGCUCACAGCAGAAGAGGAAGCUGAGAGAGAGCGACGCCGCAAGCGCAGCGAGAAGAAGUCGGAGCGUCACGAGGCCAAGACGCAGGCUGCGAAUCAAAAGGCCAACUCGUGGCAGAAGUUUGCAAAGAAGGGCGCCAAAAAGGGGUACGGUAUCCCUGGUACGAAUUCGAUGUUCAAGACACCAGAUGACCCGCUGGCAAAAGUCGGCGUCGUGGGCGCUGGCAGAGGAAUGACGGGAUAUGGAGAUCGGAGCAAGCACGUUUUCCAGAACGGUCGAGCGGGUGGGAGUGGUGGUGGUGGCGAGGAGCAAUGA